AUGAAAACCGACAAAGAAUUUGUCAACGCCCUAGAGGAUCAUAUCCGCUACCGUGGGGCCAUGGAUAAGCUCAUCAGCGACCGUGCCCAAGCUGAGAUCAGUAAAAAGGUUACUGACAUUACACGGGCUUACCACAUUGACCAGUGGCAAAGCGAACCACAUCAUCAACACCAGAACUUCGCUGAACGACGCAUCGCUACCAUUGAGGCCAAUACGAACAACGUUCUCAAUAAAACGGGCGCGCCCAAUUCUACCUGGUUACUCUGUGUUACUUACAUAUGCUAUGUAUUUAACCAUCUUGCGCACGAAUCUCUAGAUAAUAGAACUCCGUUGGAAAUUCUCAACGGAUCGACCCCUGAUAUCAGUGUUCUCCUCCAGUUCUCUUUCUGGGAACCUGUUUAUUAUAGGAUCGAAGAUGCCACCUUCCCGUCCGAUGGUACCGAAAAACGUGGUCGUUUCGUCGGCAUCGCAGAUUCUGUAGGUGACGCUCUCACCUAUAAGAUCCUUACCGAAGACACCAACCGCAUCCUAUUCCGUUCUAGUGUGUGA